UAGGUGUAUUAUAUUAUGUUGAUCCCAGUUUGAAAGGGGCAUGAAAAUUAUUAUCGGAAACAGAAAAAACAUAAAAACGCGAAAACCAGAGAGUUAGACGGGCAGGUCCAAAGUCCGACGAAACUCCUCCAAAGGACUAGUUACAAGUGUCUCGAGGCAGAGAGACAAAUGUGCAAAAACCGCCAUCCACUUUCGGCAAUACAAACCCUAGAAUGCAGAGUUUCGUAGCAGAAGUAGCAGCGGACUCGAAUCCUACUACACAUGGCGAAGCAGCACUCCGUCGGGUGGGUCGCUUCGCAGAAGCGGUGGCUUUUGGCUUUCCUUCUCAUGCUCUCCGCAUCCACCUUGAUCGCCUUCUUCAUCAGAGCCGCUUUCGAUUCCUGCGAUCGCCACCUCGACGUCGUGGACAAGACCCCCAAGAGUGUCCCCUCUGGUUUGCUGAUUGGUGCUGGUCCCAACCCGCUUAGCUUCAUGAAAUCCAAGCUGGUUCUCUUGGUCUCGCACGAGCUCUCUCUUUCUGGUGGACCACUGUUGUUGAUGGAGCUGGCAUUUUUAUUAAGAAGUGUUGGUGCGGAAGUUUGUUGGAUUACAAUCCAGAAGCCAUUUGAUACAGACGAGGUGAUAUACAGUUUGGAGCAUAAGAUGUUGGACCGAGGAGUGCAGGUAUUGUCUUCAAAGGGUCAAAAAUCUGUAGAUACAGCUCGGAGAGCUGACUUGGUUGUUUUGAACACUGCGGUUUCUGGAAAAUGGCUUGAUGUAGUUCUAAAGGAGCAUAUUCCCCAUGUUCUCCCAAAAGUAUUGUGGUGGAUACAUGAAAUGCGAGGGCAUUACUUCAAACUGGAUUAUGUCAAGCACCUUCCUUUUGUUGCUGGUGCCAUGAUUGAUUCGCAUGUAACAGCAGAAUAUUGGGAGAAUAGGACUCGAGAGCGUUUAAGGAUCAAAAUGCCGCAGACCUACGUUGUUCACCUGGGAAACAGUAAGGAACUUAUGGAAGUUGCUGAAGAUAGUAUCGCAAAAAGGGUUUUGCGUGAACAUGUCCGUGAGUCUCUUGGAAUACGGAGUGAUGAUUUAGUCUUUGCCAUCAUAAACAGUGUUUCACGUGGAAAAGGCCAGGAUCUAUUUCUUCGCUCUUUUUAUGAAAGCUUGCAAUUGAUCCAAGAAAAGAGGCUCCAGGUGCCAACAAUGCAUGCUGUAAUUGUGGGAAGCGACAUGACUGCUCAGACCAAGUUUGAAGCAGAAUUACGCAACUUUGUUAAGCUGAAGAAAAUUCGAGACCGUGUUCAUUUUGUAAACAAAACUCUGACUGUUGCCCCUUAUUUAGCUGCAAUCGAUGUUCUCGUUCAGAAUUCCCAGGGACGUGGUGAAUGCUUUGGUAGGAUAACUAUAGAAGCCAUGGCGUUUCAGCUGCCUGUAUUGGGAACAGCGGCUGGAGGUACAACAGAGAUUGUAGUAAAUGGAACAACAGGAUUGUUGCAUCCUGCAGGGAAAGAGGGGGUUACUCCUCUCGCAAAAAACAUCGUCAAACUUGCCACUCAUGUUGAGAGGAGGCUUACCAUGGGGAAGAGAGGAUAUGAGCGAGUCAAGGAAAGGUUUUUAGAACACCAUAUGGCAGAUAGGAUUGCUACAGUCCUGACUGGAGUGUUACGUAGGGCAAAGAGUCACUCAGAUUCUUAAAUCACCUCUUUUUUAUAAGUGGUGAUUGCUGUACCUGCAGCCAGGAUGGCUUUAUAACUAGAUAUAGGGGUCAGUUUUCUUUUAUGGGAACGUAUUUUGUCUCAGAUUGGCUACUCAUAUUCUGACGGAGCUGUACAUCAUGUACAUACAAAGUAGCCUGUUCAUAGGUCGAAGUUAGUUCUAUACAGUUUUGUUGGCGUCGAAGCUUAAACUAGCUCAACUUGGACUAUUACUUUUUUGACAUUAUAGUGCCUGGUAGUUGGAUAAUUUAGAAUUACAAA